UUCAGGAUGAUCUCAGUAAAGAUCAAGUGGAGCGGCUCCGAGUACCCAUUGGAGCAGAUACCACUCUCCACUACUGUCAAGGAGCUCAAGGACUUGAUCAAGGAACACACGGGGGUCCUCCCAGUCCGACAGAAACUAUGUGGUAUUUCUCUCAAAGGUAAACCUCCGCCGGACGAUUGUGUACUGUCAGAUCUGAAAUUGAAGAACAACCAGAAGAUAAUGAUGAUGGGUACCAGGGAAGAAGUCAUUACUGAGGCGACGACUGCGCCAGAAAACAUGCCGGACGUUGUGGAUGACUUUGAAGUACCAGAGGAGGUAAUGCUGAGGAUCAGUGAGAGACCUGAGAAUCUGGACAAGGUAGCAAAUAGAGUACUAAAGUACGAGUUCAAGAAGAAGUUUCAUGAUUUUAGGGAAGGAAAGAAGUUACUUGUCCUUGAUAUUGAUUACACUCUAUUUGAUCACAAAUCCUGUGCUGAGCGGGGUGAGGAGUUGAUGAGACCUGGUCUACAUGAGUUCCUCUCCGUAGUUUACUCCGAGUACGACAUCGUCAUCUGGUCCGCUACAGGUAUGAAGUGGAUAGAAGCUAAGAUGGCAGAGUUGGGGGUCCUGAAGAACCCCAGCUACAAGGUUGCCAUGUUGGUUGAUGAUGGAGCUAUGAUAACGGUUCAGGAUGAGGAGGGUCAUGUCGUCAGGUGUAAGCCGCUAGGAGUGUUGUGGGGAAAGUUCCCCCAAUUUUCUGCAAAGAACUCCGUUAUCUUCGAUGAUGUUAGGCACAACUUCCUAAUGGCACCCAAGAGCGGUCUCAAGAUCAAGGCCUACAGGAAAGCACACAAGAACAGAGGGACAGACAGGGAACUGUUAAAGUUAGCCCGGUACCUAAUGUCGGUAGCAGAUAAGGACUUCACCUCACUCAACCAUGAUCGGUGGGAAAGAUAUUGUGAAAAGCACGGCAUAACGUUUGAAGACCUUCUGGUGAACGAUUCGUGACAGCUUUGCAGUCCUCACUAAUACCAGAACCUAUCAUAUCGGGUACCGCAACUUUACUAUGAGGGUACCAUGACCGUACCUUGGG